AUUAAAAAUAUUUUAUCAAAAUUAUCGAAUGACUUAAUUAAUCGUAUAAAAAAUUAGCACGGAAAUUCGUUAUAAACUGUACGUCGUCGAGUAUGAAACAGACUUUAAGAAACAAAGUAUCAAAGCGUAGAUGUUAAGUGGUGUGCACUGACACGGUAUAUAAUAUAUCACGUUUAUAAGACCAAAUGAAGUUCAGUAGUUUGGAAACUAUCGUCCAUAUAAGCACGUUCUCUUCUACAAUCACAAUUUAUCUUGAUAAAAUUUUUACUCUUAUCAGUAUUAUGAAUUCUCAAAUAUUUGCUCGACAACGGGACGUGUGAUAAAUAAGAAAUUAAAUUAACAUCGUUUAGUAUUAUCUAUCGUUUAUAAACACGCCAACAACAAAAUCCGAAUAAAUUCAUUAUGAGUUUCUCAUAAGUUAAUAGUGAACGAUUCAACAAUGGAAACGCAAUUAAUUCGUCAAGAAAAUGGAAUCGACUAUGUAUUACUUACGAAUAAUAGAUUAGAAGAAGCAUUACGUAUUCAAGCGAGCACGAUGGCCGACGAAAAUAUUGCUAUUGGAUUAGAUAUGUUUGAAGAAUCUGGUGCACCCGAGGAGAUGCAAUUGAUCUUCAGGGAAGUUGUUAAAGAUGGAGUUUCGAUAAUCGCUUUAGACAGUGACACCAACGAGAUGGCCGGAGUGAUCUUUAAUAAAAUGCAUAUUCCUUUGAAGGACGGUGAGGAGGAUGCAUUCGAGAGUUUCAUGGAGAAGAAUAUAAAGCAUCGUUCUUGCAUCGAGCUUAUUAAUUUUCUCAAUAACGUCGAGUCAAAGGUGAACAUUUUCGAAAAAUACAAUGUCGAUGCCAUGAUGGAAAUGUUUUAUCUUGGAACUGAUACAAAGUAUCGUGGCCGUGGGAUUGGUAAGAUACUUACGGAAUGUACUUUGAAAUUAGGAAAAAUGUUGCAAAAUGGUGAGAUUAAAAAAGUUUCAAUGGUUACCGACGAGACGAUAGUUUUGGAGGCAGCGAUCCCAAAAGUUGUGAUCGCCGUUUACACGUCGAAUUAUUCCAUACGUAUCGGCGAGAAGUUAAACGGUGAAUUUUUAGUAAAUGUAUUCUACGAGGAUUUUAUUAUCAACGGUAAAAAAAUGUCGGAGAGAAUCGGUAGCAAUCAUAAGAGGGUCGCACUGGUUGCUUAUAAAUUAUAAUAAUAAAAAUAAAAAUAAAAAUAAAAAUAAAAAUAAUAAUAAUAAUAAUAAUAAUAAUAAUAGAAAAUAAAGCAAAUAAAAAGACGUAUAAGAUUGUCAAUAAUUUGUGUUUGAAUAAUGCACAAUAAAUGUUUUUUUGCUCUCUUUCUCUCUCUCUCUCUCUCUCUCUCUCUCUCUCUCUCUCUCUCUCUCUCUCUCUCUCUCUCUCUCUGUGUCUAUCUGUUUUGUUUGGUUGUUGUCUUUUCUAUCUCAACAUCGUACGAACACUUUUUGUUCACCUUUUAUCCACCCCUGCCUUCUUUUAACAUUUCUACCUUCCCCACUUCUAAACGAGUAAAUCUUUCUUUCUUU